AAGAGUGAAGAGAUCAGUUUUUGAUGGGCAAAUGGAUCCCAGUGGGUCCCAGCAUCCCCUCUUGACCCCCUCUUUUCCUCAAUGUAACCUUGGCAGGCUCAACACCACUGUGGCCCCCUUGAUCUUCGCUGACCAGUUUCUCCAGAUAUCCACAUCGCUCCCAUCCAGGUUCCUCUAUGGACUGGGGGAGCACCGUGGCAGCCUCCUGCACAGCCUGGACUGGAAUACCCUCACUCUGUGGGCACGCGACGUCGCUCCCACGGAAUCAUUCAACCUCUACGGCGCUCACCCCUUCUACCUGCUGAUGGAGGAGGGCGGAGAUGCUCAUGGGGUUUUCCUUCUCAACAGCAACGCCAUGGAGGUGGCCCUGCAGCCUGCUCCGGGCCUGACCUGGAGGACCAUUGGAGGGGUGCUGGAUUUUUAUGUCUUCCUGGGGCCCGAUCCCAACAUGGUCAUCCAGCAGUACCAGCAGGUGAUAGGUUUCCCAGCCAUGCCACCCCUCUGGGCUCUCGGCUUCCACCUCUGCCGCUGGGGCUACGGAUCCAGCAAUGGGACCUGGCAGACCGUGAGAGCCAUGAGGAACUACCAGAUCCCCCAGGAUGCACAGUGGAAUGACAUCGAUUACAUGGAUGGGUACCGGGACUUCACCUUCGAUUCCCAGAAAUUUGCCUCCCUCCCCUCGCUGGUGGAAGACCUCCACAAACAUGGGCAGCGCUACGUUAUGAUCUUGGAUCCUGGCAUCAGCAGCACCAACCCUCAGGGCUCCUACUGGCCUUUUGAUGAAGGCUUGAGACGGGGCUUGUUCCUCAACACCACCCAAGGGCAGCCGCUAAUCGGGAAGGUCUGGCCUGGUUAUACUGCCUUUGCAGACUUCUCCAACCCAGACACGCACCAGUGGUGGCUGGAGAACUUGCAGCACUUCCAUGCCCAUGUGCCCUUCGAUGGCCUCUGGAUCGACAUGAAUGAGCCAUCCAACUUCAUGGAUGGGUCUGAAGACGGCUGCCCCCCAGGAGAGCUCGACAGCCCACCCUACACUCCAGCCGUGCUGGGCGAUUCCCUCUCCUCCAAGACAGUGUGUGCCUCAGCAAAGCAGAAAGCCUCAGUGCACUACAACCUCCACAACCUCUACGGGCUGAUGGAAGCCAAAGCCACAGCGAGUGCCUUGAUCCAGAUCCGGGGGAAGCGUCCCUUCAUCAUCUCCCGCUCCACCUUCCCCAGCCAGGGCCGCUACUCAGGGCACUGGCUGGGAGACAACCGGAGCCAGUGGAAGGACAUGUAUUACUCCAUCCCAGGGUUGCUGAGCUUCAGCCUCUUCGGCAUCCCGCUGGUGGGGGCGGACAUCUGCGGCUUCUCCGGCAGCACCUCGGAGGAGCUCUGCACCCGCUGGAUGCAGCUCGGUGCCUUCUACCCCUUCGCUCGCAACCACAACACCCAGAACGAGAAGGCCCAGGACCCGACGGUGUUCAGCCCUGCGGCCAGGACGGCCAUGAAGGACGUGCUGCUGACCCGAUACUCCCUCCUGCCCUUCCUCUACACCCUUUUCCACCAUGCCCACCUGCAAGGGGACACUGUCGCUCGGCCCUUGUUCUUUGAGUUCCCCCAGGAUGUGGCCACCCUGGGGCUGGACAGGCAGUUCCUGUGGGGCCGGAGCCUGCUGGUGACACCGGUGCUGGAGCCCGGGGUGGACUCGGUCACAGGCUACGUCCCCCAAGGCACGUGGUACGACUUCUACACGGGCUCCUCAGUGAACAGCAGUGGGGAGAUGUUGAAGAUGUCAGCCCCCCUGGAGCACCUCAACCUGCAUAUCCGGGAGGGUUCCAUCCUGCCCACCCAGAAACCAGGGACCACCAGCGAGGCGACUCGAGGGAACCCCCUGCGCCUCAUCGUGGCUUUGUCCUCGAGUGCCACUGCCUGGGGGGACCUUUUCUGGGAUGAUGGCGAGAGCCUGGACACCUUCGAGCGGGGCAGCUACUCCUACCUGGUGUUCAAUGUCACGCAGAACAUCUUCACCUCCACCGUCCUCCAUGCCAGCACUGAGGCCACCAAUGUCACCAUUGGCACACUGAGCAUCUUUGGGGUGCAGAAGCCACCCAGCAAGGUCCUUCUGAAUGGCCAGGAGAAGCCCUUCUCCUACCUGGACAACCAGGUUCUCACUGUGAGUGACCUCGGCAUCAGCCUCAGCCAGGGCUUCUCCCUGCAGUGGCUGUGAGCAGGGGGCCAUGGGGUCACCCAUCCGUCCAGGAGAUGCUUGAUGCUCCAGCCCCUGAAGCUGGGAUGCUGCUGUGGAGGAGGCGUUGGGGACUGUCACCUGCUGCCAUGUGUCCCCCCCCAGGCUGGGGACAGGGGUGUGGGAUGGGGGCUUGGCCCUCAGGUGCCUCCCGCGUGGCCCCAGGUGGGUGGUGUGGGUGGAGGUGUGGGCACCCACGGUCCCUGCUGCAAUAAAGGCACGUGGAGAGCU